UUCCAGGGUCCAGACUACGACGAGAGUCUCGACACGACGGCCCGAGCGGAGCGCGUGUCCAGCCUGCUGCGUCAAUGGGAGCUAGCCAGCGUGAGCUGGUCCAGCGUCGCGGACCUGAGCAACGCCUCGCCGACGGCGAGCAGGAGCCGCAACUCGAUCUCCAACGUCUCGCGGAACAGCCUGACCGCGAAGGACCGCGAGGGAAUGCGGAACAUCGUGGGCGGCCGUCCGGAGAGCGCUCCGAUCUACACGCGGAACGCGAACCGGGUGGACGGUCUGCAGGAGUCGCACCACUGUCCCUCGCCGAACAUGCCUCGGCACGUGCUGGAGUCGAUCACGCAGAGCCCGACGCAGAGCCUGAAGAACGCGACGCCGCCGGACGGCUCCUCGCCGACCAGCCUGCGCUACCAGGACGGGUACAAGGAGUGCGGCGUCAGCCAGCCGCCCGGCAAGCCGGUCAGAGUUCACUACGCCGGCCAGAGUCCCGUGAACGGCGAGUACCUGACGCAGCAGGCGCUCUAUCGCGAACAGUAUUUGCAGCAGACCGGCAUAAUCACCGUCCCGUCGCAGUACUCUGCUGGUACGCCAGCCGGCAACCUCCUCAGGAGCAAUCCGUACGUGCAGCAGUAUCAGAUCACCAGCCCCCAGCACUUCUCCACGCCCAGGAAGCGCGGAUUCAACGCGGCGCAGAUGACGUGACCAGGAUGACCGUGUACCACCAGAUAAGACUGACCACAGGCGGACGCCAGCGACACGCUCCUGGGAGU